UUGAUAUCCAUAUUAUACACACAGACAUCUCUAUAUCGUGCAACACAGUAGAUGUUCAAUAAUUCAUUGCUUUAAUUACUGUGCUGCCUGGAAGAUAAAAAUUUAGGGCUUAAACUUAGAUAAAGAUCUCUCUUUAGUUUACAGCUUGUUUGGUUUUCAUUACUUGGCCCUACUUCAAUUUAGCAGGGGCUUUGUCUUAUUAGUCCUGUUCUCUUAGAGCCUGCUGUACCUGGCAUACUAGGCAUUUAGUAAGAAUUUUAACUGUAUGGCUGUAUGAAAAUUGAGUGAUUACUGAGUAGUACAAAGAAACAAGGGCUCAACAACAGAUCAGGUAAAACAGCAAUAGGGUCAGAGUAUCAUUUUCUGGUCUGCAGGCAUCUCAGGUGUUCGCACUGUUAGUUUAUGGACUCAAAACUUUUUAAGAAGUUAACUUCAGCGGAUUACUGCUCAUUGAAUCCUAUUUUUAAAAUUACACACACACACACAAAACAAAAACCCAAAACAAAAACCCACCCUAGCUGCUAACGCAACAAAGGUGUCGGCAGUUUAUUUAAGCUCAGGGAUUGACAGUCUGAACCCUACGGUCUCUCAGGGCCAUUAUGUAUUGAUGGCUUGCUAAAUUUACACUAUAAAUUUAUAUACUUUAUAAAAAUAUAAACUAUCCUUUGUGUGGCAUAGCAAUUCCACAGCGAUCACCUUCUUUAAUCCUGAGAGCCCAGUGAAGUCAUCCUUUCAGUUAUCCGAUACAUUUUGUGCCCCAGGCCCUCCCCAAAAGCUGAUGUUCUAACUUUGAUCAGGCUUGACAAAGGGGACGACUGAGCGCUGUAAAGUGCUGCUUUUAAACGCGACCCGUCAGGACACGCACCAAACGAUCUUGCCCCGCCGCUGAUUUUAAAUGCAAAGUAACGGAACGUAAGCACCCAGGAAGCCACAGUUCCACACAAGCUGACGAAGAGGCGGAGAAAGGACGCUGGGCAUGCAGACCCGGGCCGGGCCACCGGACGUAACACCAAGUGGGCGGACCUUCCUCGGCGAAACUCCGCCCCUCCUCGUCGCUGAUUGGCGGAAGGGCAGGGGGCGGCCCCGCGCGCGGCUCAGGCUCUCGGGCUCUGCGCGCGCCCCGCCCGCUGGUGGGUGUGUCCGGGCAGCGGGGACGCGCGCGCUCGAUCGCGUCCAGGACCGGAAAGGAGGCGGGGCCGCGGUGGCGCGCGUCCCCGGAACGCGCGGCACAGGCGGCGCGGAUCGUCGGGAGCCGGUCCGCUGCCGGAACGGGGUCCCGGCUGUGCCUGUGCCGCGGUGCGUUCUCGGGGCGUCGGCCGAGAUGAACACGGUGCUGUCGCGGGCGAACUCGCUGUUCGCCUUUUCGCUGAGCGUGAUGGCGGCGCUCACGUUCGGCUGCUUCAUCACCACCGCCUUCAAAGACAGGAGCGUCCCGGUGCGGCUGCACGUCUCGCGGAUCAUGCUAAAAAAUGUAGAAGACUUCACUGGACCUAGAGAAAGAAGUGAUUUGGGAUUCAUUACAUUUGAUAUAACUGCUGAUCUAGAAAAUAUAUUUGAUUGGAAUGUUAAGCAGUUGUUUCUGUAUUUAUCAGCUGAAUAUUCAACAAAAAAUAACGCUCUGAACCAGGUUGUCCUUUGGGACAAGAUUGUUCUGAGAGGUGAUAAUCCGAAGCUGCUGUUAAAAGAUAUGAAAACAAAGUAUUUUUUCUUUGACGACGGAAAUGGUCUCAAGGGAAAUAGGAAUGUCACUUUAACCCUGUCCUGGAAUGUCGUACCAAAUGCUGGAAUUCUACCUCUCGUGACAGGAUCAGGACACGUAUCUGUCCCAUUUCCAGAUACAUAUGAAAUAACGAAGAGUUAUUAAAUUAUUCUGAAUUUGAAACAACAUAUUUUUAUACCUAAUGAAUUGUAUCUCGUUUCUCUCUUCCUUGCAUCUUCAUUUGUUUUGCAUUGUUAACUUUUUUUUUUGUAUAAGAAUGAACAUCAGAAGGCAUAUUUGAAGGGAAAGACUAAUGUACUACCUAAUUUUCCAAAUAAAAACAAACCAAGGCCACCAGAGUGGAGUAUUAUAAGAGUAAGACAGCCGCAUCAGAAGAGUCUGUGAAGUACUUGUAUUUGAAGUCUUGCUGUAUGUCCAUUAUUCUGGAUGGAAUAUGAGUGAUCAUGAAGGAUAGUCAAUACUUUCAGGUGCCUGUGGAGUUGGGAGAACUCUAUUUAAGCCUUGCAUUCAUGCAGGCUCACAUUGGAUGUGAUUUAGAAGCAGAUAUUUUCUUUUAUCUCUUUUAGGGUAUAUUUCAAUACUGGAAAAAUUAAUACUAAUGAGAAGCCUGGUUUACAAAACAGCCAAACAUGAUGGAAUUUUAUUCCAUUUGUCUUAGGAAUGCCCAAAUGCUUGUUUUUCUGACAGGUGACUAGCAGCUUUCUCCACUAAAGACUAAAUACCUCUUUGUAUGCAGUAAAUCAUUCUCAAAUCAUUUUAAAGUCACUUAAGUCUGUGUCUUUCUGUGCUUUCUCUAAAAAAAGCUCCUUGGUAUUAUGUCUUUGUGUGAUUUUUUUUUUUUUAACAUUGCCAUAGAAAGUUAAAUAUGUUUGCAUGGUUUACUCUCUUGAGUUUGUUCUCCUGAGCAUGCCUAGUGCCACAGAGUGGUAAUUAUUUAAAUUUUUUUCUAGGUCCACAUUUUAAGAAUUAUUGGGGGUAAUAAUCAAUAUUGUUGGUGUGCUUUUCUAUUUACAAGCACUCACAUAUAUUUGACUGUAUGUGAUUCUCAAUAAUCUAAUGAGGUAGGUAGUGCAAAUGUUAGCUCUUUGCAGAUAAAGAAAAUGACCCAGAAGUUUAUUGAAUUGCUUCCAGGUUAUUACAUAGCCAGCAAGGAAGGGCAUUGACCCUUGAACUCAGAUCUCUCUCUCUGAGCAUGUCCUUUCUUCUAUACCUCAGAUGACAGACUAGUCAAAAUUCACUUCUGUAAUUUUUAAUACAGCUUUUGUUACCCUGGAUGCCCUUUCUAUUAGUUAGAAGAGUUCCUUUUCUAAAUGAAAGUGACUGGUUUUCAAGUUGCCAACAAUUUAUAUAGAGGUAAUAUGUCACUCAUUCUCUGCAUAGAUUAAUUCUUCUCAUGUUAAAAGUAAAAGAAUCCAAAUGUAUGUAAAAAUAAUUUAGAGAUUGAUUAUAUGAUCAUAUUUAACCAUGGUUUUUGCUAUAGUGGACAAAUAAACAUCCUCAAAGGAAGCAACUGCAGAUCAGUCAUCCCUAAAAGCUAGACCAAACACUGCAGGAACAGUGUCAGCAGUAACCAAAAAGGGCUAAUGUUUUCUAAGCAUCGUUUACACCAGUGGCUGACGUUUGUCAUGAGAAACACAUCUCCAUUUACUUACAUUGCCUGGAACAGCUUGGCUUGUAAGGGCAUGUGUUCUGUGGAGGCCAGAGGUACAGUGUCAUGAAUACUAGACUGGGUUUGGCUCGCAGCUUUUUCGUUAAACUUUUCAGGGUCUCCAUUUCUUUAUCUGUAAAAUGACGGAGUUGGACUAGUUAACUUAAAUAGUGAUUCUUUCAUAACCAUACACAUCUGUAAAAUUCAUUGUAUCUCUUUGGCCGAUUGAACAGAAAAGCACCUUAGUAAUGAGAGGGCAGAUGUAAUAAGAUGACUGAAAGAUAAUUAACAUAAUUCAUACUGAUCUGACUUUAUUUCUGUUAGAUUUUACACCCAGAAGAUUUAACUUUUUGUAUAGUUUUUGUACAAAUACUAGACACAAACUUAACAUCUGUCGGCAUCAAAGCUUAAAAGGGUGUGUUCUCCUUGAGGAGGGUGCUCUCAAUGGGCCUGCAGCCCAAGGCAGACCUAGGGCCAGCUGUGAGGUUCGGAUGCCUCUGGACACCUGGAUCUGUGUUUGCUGCACAUGAAUGUGGAAAUUUACUCCAGCUACUGUUCAGUCCAGGCUCACCCCCUUUUUGGAGUUAGGUGAGGAAGGGGAGUAGAAAGGCCCACUAGCACAAUAGAGUUUUUGCUUUCAUUUGAAAGAGAAACUGCUCAGGACAAGGAUGAUCCAACACAGGAAUACAAAACCUUCCUCAGGAACUCAUUUUUGGGUUUGCACAGCUUUGUAAGUCCACUGUAACUGCAUGAAAAAGUUGGACCUGUGUUCAGUUGAUAACAUUGUCUACCUGAGCAUCAGUGUUUUCAAAAGUCUUGCAUUUCCAUAAGACUGGAGGCUUCACACUUUGAAUUAGAAACAUUUGAGUCCCGGGAUCAUCCUGGAAAAGAUUAUUGCAAGACUCUCCUCUAAUGUGCUCCCAUCCUCCUUUCCUCCUGCAGUUUAAGCUGGACCAGCACAUAUAUCUUGUUUUUCAUGCCCAGCGUUUGAUUACAUUUGGUUUCUUUGUGCCUAAAGGAAGAUAACGAGAGACCAGAAAUCCUUUAUGGUGUAAUAGGAAAAGGGGUUAGUUUGAGUUUCUGUUUUUGUAAUUAUCUUAACAGCUCUGGUGAGUCUGGCCAGCCUAGUGAUAGGACUAAGAGAGAGGCUUUAAGGCUAUAAGAACUAUCUAAACCUUAAAGCUUUGGAUCUUUGGGGUACAGGUUAAUGGGGCUGUAUUUUAUAAUACUUUGAAUUGACAUGAGUUUAUGGGGGGGAAACCAUAAGCUGUGAAUUUUGAUAGUCAACAUCUGUCCAUUUCAGAAGCCUCCCUUGCUUUUAGCAGACAGCCUAUGUACCUUUUAUGUGACUGCCAGUGGUUUAAAAAAAUCUGUUUCAAAAAGUUGUCGCAUGUUUUGAUGCAAUUUGGGAAACUGUUUACUUUAAAUUCAUAAGAAAAACAUGUCGAUACUGAAGAAACAUUUGAGGCUUUUCUUAAUUGCAAUAAAUAUUCAACGUUUUUCUAAUGAAAAUGAAUUUUGUUUAUGAGUAAAAGGUAUGCAUUUAAAAGACUUUCAGAUGCUUUUUUUUAAAUGUGAAGCUGCUGAACUAAAAAUGGAUGAAACCAAGUCUAGUAAACUUGAGUUUGUUUCUUUUUUCCUUUUCUCUGCCUUUUUCUGGGGCAGGUGUCGGGGAGGGUAGUCACACCUAGCAGAUCUCCAGAGACUGCUCCUACCCUAGACUGUAAGCUCUUUGAGGGCAGUCUUGUGGAUUUAUCUUUGUAUUUUCCCCAGCACCUAACACGUGCUUUGCACAAAAUAGGCGCCCAAUAAAUACUGAUGAUGAA